AUUCCUGCCGCGUCCACCGGGGAGGCUGUAAUCCCAUCCUGUAGGGAGGAAGAAGAGGAAGAGUCACUGCUUUGCGCUCUGACGCUCCGUCCUCUCCUCCCCCCGGUUUCCCUACCGCCUCUCUCUCUGUGUGUGUGUCUCUCAUCCGUUCCCUCCCCUGAAUGCAGAAGCUGCUCGGUCGCAGCUCGCUAGCCUCCGGGAUCAUCGUAUUGUUCGCCCGCCGCUUUCCCCCACACAUCUCUUCUCUCCCGGUUAAAUUGAAGCAACACGGCGGACCUUUUCUUCUUUUCAACCCCCCUUCCUCCUCCCCUUCUCCUCUGGACGUGCUCACCGUGGGAAUCUGCUGCAGCCGAGCCAGUCCGGUGACGUGCCCGAGCAUGUUCUUACCAGAGGCGGAUUUACCUGACAGUCCGCCGCUGUCCUCGCUCCCCCGCCAGCACGCGCGUUUGGACUUCACCCACCGUCACUGAGGAGGAAAGGAAGGAAACACACCCCGGCUCUAAGGAUGGGGUUCUACGGCACUUUAAAGAUGAUUUUCUACAAAAUGAAGAGAAAGUUGGACCAUGGCCCAGAGGUCCGAUCUUUCCCUUCAGGGAAAAAGCCCUGCAAAGGCCCGGAGUAUCCGAGCCCAACAGGAAUUGUCCCGUGUCCAGCCACACCCACCACUUUCGGCCACAUCAGAGCGGCCAACGGCCAGGGCCAGCAGAGACGACGAAUCACCUCAAUCCAGCCUCCUACGGGGCUCCAGGAAUGGCUCCGAACAUUUCAGAGCUGGAGCGGCCCAGAGAAGCUGCUAGCGCUGGAUGAGCUGAUCGACAGCUGUGAGCCCACACAGGUCAAGCAUAUGAUGCAGGUGAUCGAGCCGCAGUUUCAGCGCGACUUCAUCUCCCUGCUGCCCAAAGAGUUGGCUUUGUACGUACUUUCAUUCCUGGAACCGAAGGACCUCCUGCAAGCGGCGCAGACGUGUCGCUACUGGCGCAUCCUGGCAGAGGACAACCUGCUGUGGAGAGAGAAAUGCAGGGAAGAGGGUAUCGACGAGCCUCUGCCCCCGCGGAAAAGGAAGGUGGCCAAGCCGGGCUUCACCCACAGCCCCUGGAAAAGCGCCUACAUCAGGCAGCACAGGAUAGACACCAACUGGAGGAGAGGGGACCUGAAAUCACCCAAGGUGCUGAAGGGACACGACGACCAUGUGAUCACCUGCCUCCAGUUCUGCGGCAACCGCAUUGUCAGCGGCUCUGACGACAACACACUGAAGGUCUGGUCGGCCAUCACAGGAAAGUGUUUACGAACGUUGGUGGGCCACACCGGGGGCGUGUGGUCGUCCCAGAUGCGAGACAACAUCAUCAUCAGCGGCUCCACCGAUCGCACGCUCAAGGUCUGGAAUGCAGAGACGGGAGAAUGUAUCCACACCCUCUACGGGCAUACCUCAACAGUACGCUGCAUGCACCUACAUGAGAAAAGGGUGGUCAGUGGCUCUCGUGACGCCACGCUUCGUGUCUGGGACAUCGAGACGGGUCAGUGUUUACACGUCCUCAUGGGCCACGUGGCGGCGGUGCGAUGCGUCCAGUACGACGGGCGGCGGGUGGUCAGCGGGGCCUACGACUUCAUGGUCAAAGUGUGGGACCCAGAGACAGAGACCUGCCUCCACACGCUGCAGGGCCACACCAACAGAGUGUACUCCUUACAGUUUGACGGGAUCCACGUCGUGAGCGGCUCCCUGGACACGUCCAUCAGGGUCUGGGACGUGGAGACGGGGAACUGCAUCCACACCCUGACGGGUCACCAGUCCCUCACCAGCGGCAUGGAGCUGAAAGACAACAUCCUGGUCUCAGGCAACGCAGACUCCACAGUCAAGAUCUGGGACAUCAAGACGGGCCAGUGUCUCCAAACCUUGCAAGGUCCACACAAGCACCAGAGUGCCGUGACGUGCCUCCAGUUCAACAAGAACUUUGUCAUCACCAGCUCCGACGACGGCACGGUCAAGCUGUGGGACCUGAAGACGGGCGAGUUUAUCCGGAACCUGGUGACCCUGGAGAGCGGCGGCAGCGGCGGCGUGGUGUGGCGCAUCCGGGCGUCCAACACCAAGCUGGUGUGCGCCGUGGGCAGCCGCAACGGCACGGAGGAGACCAAGCUACUGGUGCUGGACUUUGACGUGGACAUGAAGUGA